GUCGGUGAAACUGGUGCUUCGCUUGUAACCUCAAAAUCCUGUUGAAAACAAAUAGUUUCUCUCUUUUGGCGUUCGUAGCCUGCCCUCGUGUAAGAAUCGCUUAGUCUUGUGCACAAAUCGGCACGAUGGGUAAAAUAAUGAAAUCUGGUAAAAUUGUGCUGGUGUUAUCUGGUAGAUACGCCGGCCGAAAAGCUGUCAUAAUGAAGACCUACGAUGAAGGUACAGCGGAAAGACAAUAUGGUCAUGCACUAGUGGCUGGUAUAGAUCGUUAUCCUCGGAAAGUCACCAAACGCAUGUCUCAGGAAAAACUUAAAAAACGAUCCAAAAUCAAACCUUUCCUGAAAGUGCUCAAUUACAACCACCUUAUGCCAACUAGAUACUCCGUACAAGAUGUAACAGUAGACAAGGUUUCACCUAAAGAUUUAAAAGAUCCAAUGAUUAAAAAGAAAUAUCGUUUCCAGACCCGGGUUAAAUUUGAAGAGAAAUUCAAGUCUGGAAAGAAUAAAUGGUUCUUCCAAAAGUUAAGGUUCUAGUUGACAUUAUGUAAGAUUUAUCUCUUUUUAUUGGAUAAUAAAAAAAAAAAAAAAUCUUAA